CUCUGUACCCCCAACCCGCCCUCCAUCUUCUCUGGGCCCCAGUUUCCAUCUCUUCUCUGUUCUCUGGUCCCCAGCUCUACUCUGUGCCACCCCCAUCCCCAUCUCUCUCAGUCCCCCAAUACACCCUGCAGUCCUUUCUUUGUAAUCCUUGCAACAUUGUGCUCCUGUCCUGCAACUGCUUUGUCCUUCAUCCCUCAGCACUUCUGUGCCCCUUGCCCCAGCCCCUCUAAUGGGCUCUCAAUCCCCUCGAUGUGCCCCUAUCCUAACUUGUGUCUCCUGUGCCAUCCCCCAUCCCUCCUUUUGCCUCUACCUACUAUCCAUGCCUUCUCUGUGCCCCACCUCAUUCUCUAGUUUUUGUGACCCCCUCAACUCAUCCUCCAGCUCCUGUGUCUUUGUCCCCCGAUCCUCUUUCUGUGCCACCCCCAUGGCCCAUACCCUCUCUGUGCCCUCAGACCCACCCCCCAGCUCCCACUAUGUGCCCCUGCCCCAUCAUGGGUUCCUGACCUGUUUCCUAGCCUGCCACCCCUGAGCUCUGUCCUCCAGCUUCUCUGUGUCCCCUAGUCCGUCCCCCCCCCUUCUGUCUCCACUCCCCUCUUCCCACUCUAUGGAUCCUCCCACUCAACUCUGUAUCCCAACUCCUUCCUGUUUGCCUGUCCUCCAUCCCUUCUGCCCUCCCAUGGUUCUAUCUGUACCUUUCUGUACCCUAACCCCUCCCAGCCUUCCAGCCCCACUUUACUGCAUCCUGUCCCAAUCCUUUCUCUCUACCCACCAAAGCCCCAUUUUGUACAACCCCCUUUCAGAAGCCCAAACCAUCUCCUUCCCCAUCUUUACCUUUUUCCAGCUCUUCCAGCUCCCCCAAUUUCUAGCUCUCCCUUAUGACUGCCAUUCCCCCUUCCCAGUAUUUCCUUCUCCAUCCUUCCACCAACACCAGUCUCUUGUCCUAAACCCUUAUCCAUUUCCUCAUGUCUGACUCUACAUCUUACCUUCCUCCCAUUCUCUCCUUGUUCACCGUCCCCUUUUUAGCCCAUCUCUAGCCCCAACUCACUUCUAUUUUUGACCUAGCUACACCCGUUUCCUUUAUUUACUGCCCUUCGAUCACCACCCGUUUCCUACGUACCUCCCAGAUCACCCGUGUCACUCUUGAUGUUUCUGCCCACCACCCAUCUCUUCUGUCAUUUUUGUGACCCCCCCCACUCCCCCUCUGUAUCUUUGUCCCCCCCCCAUCCCUUAGACCCUCUCUAUUCCACUCCCCAUUGUCCAGCCCUGUGCCCCACCUGGCCCUUUACCACUCCUGCAUCACAUCCUCCUUUGGUCCCUCCGUGGACCCCAUCUGUCUCUCGAUUAUUCUCUUCCUAUUCCCUGCCUCCCCACCCCCCACUCUGGCCCAUUUGCUGUCUCUGGAUCCUGUUCCACCUCCUUCUUGCCACUCAUCACCCUAUCUGUCCAAGGGCUCUGUGCUCAGGCCUUCUCGACCUCUCUCCUUCAGGGGGAUGACGUGGCUGUGGUCACUGCUGCUGCUGGGGCUAGGCCUGGGCAAAGGGGCAUGGGGCAAGCCCCCCCCAGAUGCUGGGGUCCCUAUCUCAAGCCGGGUGCACCAGCAGGCUCCACUGAGUGAGGCCAAGCACGACGAUGCCCAUGGAGACUUCCAGUUUGACCAUGAGGCCUUCCUGGGCCGGGAGGCAGCUCGGGAGUUUGACCAGCUCAGCCCAGAGGAGAGCAAAGCCCGGCUGGGGCGGAUCGUGGACCGAAUGGAUCGCGAUGGGGAUGCUGAUGGCUGGGUAUCGCUAGAUGAACUCCGGGCCUGGAUUUCUCACACUCAGCAGCGGCACAUCCGAGACUCGGUUACAGCUGCGUGGGACACCUACGAUACUGACGGUGACGGCCGCGUGGGCUGGGGAGAAUUGCGCAACAUCACCUAUGGUCACUACCAGCCUGGAGAAGAGUUCUCGGACGUGGAGGACGCAGAGACGUAUAAGAAGCUGCUGGCUCGAGAUGAGAGGCGGUUCCGGGCAGCCGACCAAGAUGGGGAUCUGCAGGCCACCAGGGAGGAGUUCACAGCCUUCCUGCACCCGGAGGAGUUCCCCCACAUGCGAGAUAUCGUGAUCGCUGAGACCCUGGAGGAUUUGGACAAGAAUGGAGAUGGUUAUGUCCAAGUGGAGGAGUACAUAGCGGACCUGUACUCCCCCGAGCCAGAGGGAGGUGAGGAACCUGCCUGGGUGCAGACAGAGCGGCAGCAGUUCCGAGACUUCCGGGACCUGAACGGGGACGGGCACCUGGAUGGCCAGGAGGUGGGGCACUGGGUGCUGCCCCCGGCCCAGGACCAGCCGCUGGUGGAGGCCAAUCACUUGCUGCAGGAAAGUGACACUGAUAAGGAUGGACGCCUGAGCAAACAGGAGAUCCUGGGGAACUGGAACAUGUUUGUGGGCAGCCAGGCCACCAACUACGGUGAGGACCUGACACGGCAUCAUGAUGAGCUCUGAGCACCCUGCUCUGGUGGGGCCAGCACUUGCCAAACACCCCUGCCCCCACCUCCCAGCGAGACGGCAGAAAUACCCGUUAUAAA